AUAUCUGUAUACCCAGAAUGUCAAAUCUGUGGCAACGCUUGACUGCAUUUUAAGCAAACGUUUUCUAUCGGUGAUAUCAACUAGAAUAUGUUGCUCAAAUUAUUUAGGAUAUUGUUAUAUAGAUGCAAGGCCUAAAGUUCCAGCUUCAAGGAUAGGCUUCUCUAAGAAGGCCCGGUCAGCCGGGCAGCGUGGGACAAAUGGCAACCCUUACAUAUACAGUCUUCUCUCUUGGUGAAGCCCAGCUUCAUCAGCUACAUACUGGCAAUGGCAAGCUAUUCGUUAUGGGAGAGGUUGCUGUGGAGCUCUUCCAGGAGAGCCCAACAGCGUUCCUCCAAGAGCUACGUAAAAACAAGCUCCCAAAGCUACAAUCUGCAAAUCGGGACGUACUGCACACCGUCGCGGAGUUACACCUCCCCGUGGAGAGCAGCGCCAACUCGCAGGGGGUGUGUCUGCUGCCAGCGUCAACAGUUGAAACGCUGCUAAUCGACAAACGCAGGAUGGAGCUCGUACAGCCCUUCAAGCUGGCGCUCUUGAAGCUUGCGUCGCAGGAAGCUGCGCGCCUCAUGGCCGCCGGUGAGUACGAGCUGGCCCUUCCAGUCGCCCUUGAUGCCGUACAGCAGGGCCAGGCGCUCUUCAAACCCGCGCCCGCUCUCCAGCUCUUCCCACUGUACCUGCUGGCAGCCCAAGCCAAUUUAGGGCUGCGCCGCGCCAAGCAGUGCGAGGAUUUCCUAGCUCUGGCGUCUUGGCUGGCUAUGAAAGAACCUGGGUUGACCACCAACAUUAUGAAAAGUCAGCUCAGUCGGCUGUACGGGCAGCUGUACGCGUUUCAGUCAAAGCAUGCGGAGGCGCUGCAUGCGUUUGCAGAGGACGUGUACUACUGCUCCUUUGAGUACGGGCCCGAGGAUGUGCGCACUUCGCUUGGGUACUACAACAUGGGCAAGGUCUUUCAAGCGGCUGGGGAACUGGAAAAGGCCGCAUCCUGCAACGACCAAGUCGUGGCCAUUUGGGCCGCCACUCUGAACGCAGUAGUCCUAGGGAUUACGGAGUCAGGCGGCGCGGGGCGGCCCGCAGGCGCCGCGGGGCUGCCAGUGGGCCGGCUGCAGCUGAUGGAAGUUGUGGAUAUGUUGGCGGAUAUCACACGCACGCGCGCGGCGGCGAUGGGCGCGGGACACGUGACGGUGGGCGAGGGGCACCUGGUGACGGCGUUGGCGUUGAUCCAGCUUGAGGAGCGGGCGCGGGCGGAGGAGGAGCUGGAGGCCGCGGCGGCGACGUUUGGGCCGGAGUCCGGGGAGCGGAUGCGGUUGGUGGAUAUGGGGCGCAUCAUGUUGAAGGCCCUUGGGUGA